AUGGAUAUGACUUACCAGAAAAAGCCCAAAGAGAUAUCCGUCCAAGCACCGGAAUUAACUAAAUGGUGGAAUUUAAAGGGUGAAAAAGCCAAAGAGUUCUGUCAUCAGCUGACAAAUCUUCAAUAUGACGAACAUGAGGACGUAGAUUCUAUCUGGGAGCAUUUACAAAAAUCCAUCCUCAAGGUUGCAAAUAAUACUCUUGGUCGAACAAAAGGGAAUAAAAAGUUCAGCAAGGAAACGUGGUGGUGGACGAAAGAAGUGCAAGAAGCUAUACGUAAAAAGAAAUGUGCCUUUAAGACCUGGCAGUCCACUCAAACCAUACAAGAUAGAGAGGAAUAUAAUAAAGUAAAGAAAGAAACCAAGAGAAUUAUUGCAAUCGAAAAGGCUCAUUCGCAGUGCCAACUCUACCAAACGCUGGAAAGAAGAGAAGGGCAAAAACAAAUAUACAAGCUCGCAAAAAGACGGUAUCUUAAUUCAAACGACUCGAAUCGAUGUAGGACCAUUAAUAACGCUUCAGGGGAACUCCAAUAUAGGGAUAAGGAUAUUAUUGCAACGUGGCAUGACUACUACAAAAACCUACUUAACAGUAGUAGAAUUAACCUACAGCUACCCUGUUUAAAACCAAACGCUGGUCUAUUUCUCCCUAUACACUCCAAUGAGGUCAAAAAGGCGCUUUCAAAAAUGUCCAACAAGAAAGCUGUUGGUCCAGAUGAUGAAAAUGACUUCUACUACACUCCAGAUAGAAGUUUUGCUCAAGUGCAACCACCUAUAUUUUCAAAUAGUCGACCCACGACCUAUUAUGAUAAUAGAGACAGUUUUAGAGUUGGACAAACGGUACAACCGACACCUUACAAUGAUGGACGCGUAAGAUUUCCAAGUCCUAACUAUAAUCAAAAUCCUUCUCCAUUUCAACUACCAACCGGCCGAAGCCAAUCUGGUUCGCAAUAUUACAUCAAUCAAGCCGACGUGUCUACUUCACAGCGUCAGAGGUUUAGACCAGCAUUACCAUACAACUUUCAAUUAGUUCAUCAACAUCCUGCUUCAACUAAAAGGCCAGACUUGUCACAAAUUCAUUCAGUUGCAUAUCAGAAUGACCCUUCAAAGCCUGAAACGUUUUUAGGUCAAAUUACAAUAAAUAAUCCUGAUAUAGAUUAUCUACAAAAUAACAGAUUCAAAAAUAUACCAUUUGAUGGUAAUAGUCUCAAAAGUAACGGCCAAAGUGGCCAUAUUCCACAUGAUGACGAGAUGGAUAACGACGAUCAUGACAUUUUCGACAAUCAUAAAGUCACUACUUAUAACCCAACUAAGAUCGAAAGUCGACAGAAAAUAAAUGUUAAACCAAAUACUCUGAGGUUUUCACAUUUUGAUAAUUUACCUGGACUAGAAGUAAAGAAAACUGUUCAAAAUAUACCAUUAAAUGAAAAUGGACAAAACAAUAAUUUUAAGCCACUUAAAAAUAUUCCAAAUUUGUAUCAAGGAACUUCUACAGAAUAUAAAUCUCUUUUGGACAUUGAACCACUUCUCGAAGAUGACAUAAGUGAUAUUAGUUCAUUUAGGCAAUUAAUGAAGAACAAUGAAGGUUCCUUUGAUGUUCAAGUUAUAAAAUCAAAUAAAAGCAAAGAUUCUUACGACAGCAAACCUGAUGCCAGUUCAAUGAAUGCUCAAAAUUUAGCUGACAAUUCUGCGGUUAAGGCAGUACCUAUUGAAUCUAGUACUAUUUCAUCUAAAACACAAGCAGCUACUAAUUUAAACGUUACCAAAGUACAUGAUCAUGAUACUAACGAUGAAGAUAUGAAUGAAGAGGAAGAAGAAGUAGGGGAAGAGUAUGUUGAAUAUUAUGAUGAUGAAGAAAGUGAUGUUAAACAUACCACAUCUAAACCUGUUACUAGUACAAAAUCCGAGCCUAUUACUGAUAUAUAUGAUGAGUACGAUUCAUCUGAAGAAUCAGAAAUACCAAAGGAAGAAGUUAAAGUAAAUAAUACAAAUACUUUUGAAGUUCUUGUAAUGAAACCUAAUAAGACUUUGGUUAAAGAUGACAACUUUAAACAAUUCGUAGACACUACUGUAAUUGACCAGACAAAUUCAGCUUCCGACAAUGACACAACUGCGCCCAGUUUAAAGUUUACAUUUUCUAAGGAAGAUGUUUCAUCAAUUGAAACGCCAUCAAUUUUAGGCCAAGAAGUAGUUUCAGUUGUGACUACUAAAAGCGUUGUGAAUGGUACUAUUUCAAUUCCCGAUGUGACAUAUCCACCUACGCCCAAAAGUAAAACUGUUACUCCAGCACUUAAUAUUGAAAACAAUGACACUUCUUCAGUGACCACAGAGAGUUGGAUUGUUGUAGCGUCAGUACAAACUAGCAGAAGUGUGUCAGGAGCACGAUUUUUACCUUUCCCGGCUGUAGAACAAGAAGAAAAGAAACAGGUGUUAGCCGAGGACGAGGAGUCUGUCACCGAAAAUCCAAAGAAAGAUUUAAGUAGCGUUGUUAAUAGUCCUUCUUCGACAGAAAAUAUAAAUGAUAAAUUAGAUAGUAUACAAUCAGAAUUGUCGAGUGCUGUUUUAUCAGGAAAUCUUAAAAAUGACAACAAAAAUAUAGAAUUAAUUACUGAAACUACCCCAGAACCUAUCAAAAGUACAACGGUAGCCCAAAAAAUAAAUGUUUUUACUUUAAAAAGUACUCAACCUUAUGCUAUAACAGAGAGAUCUUUUCCAGAGCCUUUACCUGUCCAGAUUAAAAAAUUUGUGCCUCGUGUAACUACCACCACUACACCUAAACCAAAGAAAAAGUUAGUAACCAUCAUGGAUGAUUUAUCUGGUUUACUUCCAUCAGGGUAUAAAUCAAGGCAAUCGUAUAAAGAUAAACGUACUAGUACAACUUCAACAACGACGACGACGACGUCUACUACAACAACCACAACGUCGUCGCCUUCAACAGCUUCUACCGAAAAUUUAAUUAUAAAUGGCACUCAAGGACGUUCAUCUGGCAUCAGUUCCAAAAACAAAGUCAUAAUAUUAGAUGAUAAGUCUUUACUUCCCAAGGAAUACAAACCUAAGCCACGAGUUCCAGAGAUUUCGUUUAACAAAAAUCAAGAUGAUAUAAGUAAAUUUUUACCGCCAGGGUAUAAACUGGAAUCAGAUUUAGAUAAUAAUGAAGACACUAUGAACACAUCUAAAUUAGACACCUUUAAAAAUGUUCAUGAAGUUGACAUUUCAUCAUUUUUACCAAAAGGAUAUAAGUUGAAUAGUACUACAAGUACUACCACAACCGAAAAACCUAAACCGUUAUCAAAUAUACAAGUACAUACUGCAGAUAUAAAUGCUUUUCUUCCACCAGGCUAUAACAUUAAUAGUACUGAAACAGAUAAUGAUGAGAGUCCCUUGACUAAGGUUAAAAUACUAGAUGUCAAAAACUUUUUGCCGCCUGAUUUUAAACCCAAUAACUUAGAAGAAAACGAGACGACAAGUACAACUGUUUCCCCUGGGAAAUUUAAAUUGGUAUUCCCAUCUAGACCAAGUGGGAAAACAGCAAGAAAAAACAUAACACAAAAAGUUAUUAUGGGUCCUCCUCCCGUUACACCAAAGAUAAGGAAAGGAUGGCCGACUAGAGCCUCUACUGAAUUUACGGGAUGGCCUUCACCUUCCACGACUCCAUUUUCAAUUGAAAAACUUCUCGAAUUACAACGAAAUGCGACUUCUACUACUCCGCUUCUUGAAGUAAGUACUGAAACUACGACUCGUCGAAUCAUUUCCACAACCACUACAACAACAGUCCCUCCACAACCAACUACACCUGGAAUAUGUAGACAUGAAUGUGACAUUGCAGGAACAAUAAAAAUAGUUUCAGGUGUCAAAUGGAUACCAGAAUUUUUAGAUCAACAUACAAAAGAGUGGCAAAAAUUGGCAAAGGAAAUCAAACACGAGCUUAAUUCUGUGUACUCUAAAUCUGAUUUACUAAGUAAAUGGUACAAGGGUAUCCGAAUAGACGGUUUUAGUCAAGGUUCCGUACUUGUAGACUACUUCAUAGAAUUGAAUAAUGUCGAAGAAAAAGUUGAUACAUACCAACUUAAAAGACUUUUCCAUAAAUCUCUCAAUGAAGCUAAAGCUGGUUCAGUUGUUGAGGAAGAGGAAAUAGAAAAUACGUUUGAUCCUGAUGCAAUGGUCGGAGAUCAACCCGAAGAAGACAGAAUGAAAAAAAGUGAUGAAAAGAUGACUAAGACAAUUGAUAAAUCUGCGGGCAAAUUAGAAAUGGGAAAAUUCGUCAUGGAUCCGGCUUACACGGAAUUCAUUGUGUUACCGAAACGAGAGGAGCCUGUAUUAGUUGAGACAGAAGAGGAGUCGCUUCUCCCGCAAUGGGGUAUUGCUGUCAUAGUAAUUGCUCUAGCGUCCUUGUUAUUCGUCGUUAUAUUUGGUGUUACUGUGCUUGUUAAUCGCCAGAAGAGUACAAAAACAAAACAACCAAUUCCGCUUAGCGAAGACAUGCUGCGAGAGCUCGAUAAAAGUCACAUGGGUGGCUUUGAUGACAUGCAUCAGUUAAAAGAACGUGAUUUACCAUAUUUACCCUCUGGCAAGCGUAUGUCUUCAGCCUUUAUAGAACAGUUGGCUUAUCAGAAUCCUGGUGAUUCUUGGAGAUCUGAAUGGACACCUCAAGCACAGAAAUACAUGCAACAUUACGCUCCUGACUCGGGUCGAGGCUCCCAGAUAUAUGGCACUACAGGAAAUGGAUAUGGAGGCGGCGGAUCACAGUUGUAUGGACAAUCUGGUGUUGGUGCUGGUUCGCAAGUGUAUGGCUACACUGGGGAAUUUCCACGCUCCCACUAUUCUCGGCGACGUUCUGACUACGAUAGCAACUUCUAG